AUGGCAUCAGGUGAGCAAGGAAGUGUUAUUGAUGAUCUUCCAGACCAUAUUGUAUAUAACAUCCUUAGUUUUUUCAGUCUGAAAGACAUUGCUCGAUUCAGCACCGUGUCCCGAAGAUGCAGAAACCUAUGUUUUUCAGUUCCACGCCUCAAUAUAAACCUGACGGAUAGCCAACUUAUGUUGACAGAACGCAUCAAAAUGUUUGAUUUUGUAGAUAGGUAUAUGAUUCACCGCAGAGGUACCAACUUCCAAAGUUUCGCACUUUCUUGGAGUUUUAAGAAGGGUUCUGUCACCAAUUUGCUUACAGAGGAUUAUCGGGUAGACUCAUGGCUACGUCAGGUUGCAAGAUGCAAUGUGGAGGGGCUAAAGCUUUCUAUCACUUUCCAAGAAAGCAUUGAGAGUUUUGAUUUGCCUCUUUGCUUCACUGAUUGUAGUUCUUUAAAGUAUCUCAGCAUAAAUUUGACGAAUGGUAUUCUUAAGUUACCCGCAACUGGUUUCAGGUUCCUGCAAGUAUUGAUUCUAUCUGCUGCUCAGGUACAGCAGGAUUUAGUAGAAGAGAUGUUGUCAUCUUGCAAGUGUUUGAAGAGGUUAAUUAUUGCGAAUCUUAAUGGUUUAGAAAGUCUUAACCUCAAAAGUACAUGUCUUGAGCAAUUGUUCCUAGGAAUUACAGAUACACGUGCAAAUACCCUCUCAACGAUCAAUGUGUCAGCUUGUAGGCUUAACUUGUUGCGAGUAUUUUGGGCUUCCCGUCGAAGCAGCAACAAGAAGAAAUUAGUAGUUUCUGCUCCAAAUAUUAUCCGUUUGACACUGGAAGGAGAUAUUGAUUGUGACUAUCAGUUGUGCAGCUUCGAUUCUCUGGAAAUGGCUUCAGUUUUUGUUCAAACUAAUCCUCUCCUUUUGAUCAAGAAUGAGGCUUCAAUUGCUGCCCAACAGCGUUGCACUGAGAUUCUCAAGCAUGUUCGUCAUUCUAAAGUGCUACAUCUGAGUAUAGCUUUUGUUAAGCUUCUUUCUGCUGAAAUAUUCCCAGCAAUUCCAUUACGGAAUGUGCACACCUUGUAUCUACACGUCUCUCCUGAUUCAGAGGGAUACAAUGUUCCACUAAUUGUCUCCUUUCUCAUGUCGUUUCCUAAUUUACGGCAUCUCACCUUCACAUCCCACUUUGAAUCAGCAGCUCUCAUCAAUACUAACCAGCUGGCCAACUCAAUUAUGGAAGCGCCUAGUUAUUUCAUGGAGCCAUUGGCAUCAAAUAGGCUGAAGCCUAUUGAUAAACUAAAGGUAGUAGAGAUUGAGCUUGGAGAAGGGUAUAGUCAUAAUGCAUUAGAAUUAAUUAAAUGCUUGCUUAAGCAGGAUAAAGUACUGGAAAAGAUGACAAUCUACUAUCCACCAGAAGAGUAUUACCAGCUAUCAAAGAUUAUCAGAUCAAUAGAAACAUUCAGCAAGGCUCAUUCUACUGCUGCAGUUUAUGUUCUGCCAAGAGUAAGGCGGUUAUUCGCCAGACAUGUGAACUUCUUCUACACUCCAUUAAUUUAG